GUUGGCGGUAACAACAACAAUGACGAUGGUGUCAGAUUUGAUGGUGAAUGUCUUGCUUCUUUCAAGUCAAUGUUGGAAGUUGAGUGGUAUAUGAAUAAUAUGCCAACUCAUAAUGAACAAGCUGUCCCAAAUUUUCAAAUCAAAACCCAACAACAAAACAACUUUGUUUCUGCUUCAGAUCCAAACAGCUAUGUUUCUAUGCAACCUCUGGGUUCCUCCUCUUUUCCGCCACCAUCCAACUUCACUUUCUCUCAUAUACUCAAUACUGAAGAUAAUAUCAACAACAUCAUCAACCCCACCACCACCAACAAUAAUCCAUUUGGAAAUGUCUUCAGUCUCGAAUCCCAAAGUGACUGCCUAACUCCAUAUCAAAGGGAUCAGACAGACUUAUCGGCCCAAACCGGCUAUUCAUCAAAGUUCCUAGAAACUAGUGCAGUUGGAUUUGUACCAAUAGGUUUACAAGAGGAAAGUGCCUUUGGUGGUGGUUCAGGGUCUUCAAGUUCCAUGUUUUUUAGUAAUGACAAAGUCUCUAUGCUUUUAGAGAAUCCUUCACCAGUUCUUGCAUCGCCUAAUUUGUUGGAAAAUAAGGAUAUGAGCUCUAACAUUAGCAAGGAAAAUAAGUUGGAACCAUUGUCGAUUCCACAGUUUACGUCGACAUGGUUGAAGGAGUUUGAUCAUAAGUUGGAGAAAGUGGUAAAUGGGGAGGUUGAUGGGGGAUUGAAUUAUGAGUCUAAGGAGGAUGCUGAAAUUGGUGGCAAUAAAGUUGGCAAUGAUGAUAAAGAUGAAAAUCAUGUUGGUGAGGUGGAUCGAAAAGGCAAAAAGAAGGAAAAGUCGUCAAAGAAUCUCUUGGCUGAAAGGAUGAGAAGGAAGAAGCUCGUUGAUAAGAUGCACAUUCUUCGUUCUCUUGUGCCAAUUAUCAGCAAGAUGGAUAAAGCUUCAAUACUUGGAGAUGCUAUUGAUUACUUGAAUGGGUUACAAAAAAAAGUUAAUGAUCUUCAAAAUGAAAUAGAGUCCAUUUAUCUUGGAUCAUCACUGGCACCCACCACUUCGACCCUUCCUGUACAAGUGAAUGGAGAAUUAUGCCAUAGCAAUGCGCUAAGCCCUAGAAAUCAAUCAACAAAGGUAGAGGCAUGGGAAAUGGAAGAUGGAACUGUCAACAUCCAUAUGUUUUGUGCCUACAAGCCAGGUGUUUUGGUUUCAAUUAUGAAGGCAUUUGAUAUCCUUGGAUUGGACAUUCACCAAGCUAACAUAAGUUGUUUCAAUGGCUUUACCAUAGAUGUAUACAAAGUUGAGCAAUGCAGACAAGGUCAGAAAGUGAACACUGAACUAAUUAAAGAAGUGUUGGUGAAUGCAGUGGAUCACCAGAUGGCUUGAUGAGAGUGAAGUUAUGGACAAAUUCAUGUUAUCUUUACAAAAGCACUGGUUGUAGUUUUUGUAGCAUGCAACUUGUAGAUGCUACUGCUGCUUAUUAUUUUGUAUUGUAUUAAAAGCUAGACUUAGACCAAUAUCAAGAUUGUUAUGAGCACUGGAUUUUUGUAUUUUUUUUAAUGGAUUUUAGCACAUCAUGCUUUUAUUAGUUUAAAUGU